AUGGCAUCCAGUCUUCCACCUCUAGUACCAGAGAAAUACCGAUGGAGUUCAUCUGGACUCAAGCCGGGUCACAUCCAGCGCAGAUGUGUCGGCGCAGAGGCAAUCGUUGGGCUGGAGUCCAAAAACCGGAAGGCUCUAUACGAUCUUUACAUCACCACCUCUCUUCGCAAUAUUGCACCGGCCUCAAUCUCGCUGACGCUCCGCAAGCUCAAAGAGAUGUUCGAGCUAGCUCUGUUGGAGGCUCGUUUUGAGCGCCCCGAAGCUGCUUGUACCGCAUCCUGGGACGAAGAGGUAGCGGCCGUCAUCAAUUACCAAUCCCCAGAGAGUGAUGAGUCUGCUCGGGAUUGGGCGAGGGAUUGCGUUCACGUGAUGCCUACGUCCAUAAACGCUUUUGACCUUUGGAGUGAACUAGAGGAAGCAAGAGCUACUGCUGAUAACGACACGCCCUCCAAGUCAAUCGAGAUCUUCUUAAUCGCGGAUGUCCCAACCCAGCGAUCACCAAUCCCUCAAGACAUGACCAUGGAGGUUUUGUUUCACAACAAUCACUUAUUUUGGGACGGUAUAGGCUGUCGCAAGUUUAUCGGCGACAUCUUCCGCCUGUUAAGUAACUAUAUCGAUGUCGACGAUGGUAUUGGAACGAAGACAUUUUCCUGGAGUGAAGAAAUCAAGAAUCUCAACCCUCCGAUUCUUGACUCAUUGAUGUUGGAUGUGACAACUCUUGGAGAAGAGUUCGAUAAUAAAUGCACCGAGUAUACGAAUGCUCUGGUUGCCAACUACAAAAGCCGAGGUCUGAAGUUCCAACCUGGCCUUGGCCUUCCACGCUGCGUCAUUCACAAGUUCAGCGCCGAAGAUUCUAUCGCUAUCGUGAAAGCCGUCAAAACCCGGCUCGGCCCAGGACACACCAUCAGCCAUCUAACUCAAGCUGCAAUUAUUCUUGCUCUUCUGGACACUCUCAAACCAACUGAUCUUACUGACGAUGAAGCAUUCAUAUCACCAACAUCUGUGGAUGGCCGGAGGUGGAUGCGUCCGGACAUCGCCAAGAAUUUCUACGCCAUGUGUCAGACAGCUGCAGUGGUUCGGGUUGAGAAACUCAAGUCUAUCGCUGUCAGCCAUCAAGAUGAAAAAGAUGUACAAGUGAAAGCUCUAGAGAGUGCUUCUAGGGACGUUAAGACCUCUUACGAUCAGUGGUUGAAGAACCCCUUCCAGGAAGCUCUUGGUCUGAGAGUCCAUAACUUUGAGGCAAAUUAUCUACACUCCAAGCCGAUUCCAUUUGAUGGCGAAGCAAACCCGUUAUUUAUCAGUGAUGGCAUCAACGAUCGCUUCAUUCCGCACGAAAUUAAGUCUGCUUCCACCGGAGAAGAGCUUUUCUCCGUUGAGAGCAUUGACUUUCUGGUAAACCAGUCUUUGCCAUACCUGGCGAUUAGGCUGGAUAGCUGGAAGGAUGCAUCCACCCUCAACAUUAUCUAUAAUGAUGCCAACUACACGGAGGCUGAUGUUCGGGAUUACCUGCAGAGUAUUGUUGAAUUCAUGAUGGUAUUCAAACUUUAG